AGAGAGAAAGAGGUAGACAAGCGAAGAGGGUGGGGGAAAAGGAAUCACACAUGAAGCCUCUCUCUCUCUAACAUUUUUUUAUCCCGUCGUCUCCGGGAAAGGAAAUCAAAGUGACCAUAUAAAUUUUCCUUUUCUUUGAUGUGUGUAUGUGCGUGUUUAUAUAUAUAUAUAUAUAUAUAUUGUGAGUGUUUUGACUAGAGAGAAAGCAACCUUGUUCUAGUGUCAUUUUCCGAGAUAUACUCUCGAGUAACACCACACCCAAAUCCUUCUCUUUUCCAUUCCUUUCUGCAAUUCUCUCUCUCUCUAGAUACAAGAGUCUUUAUUUACUUCAAUCAUCAUCGCUGUUUGAGUUCUUUCCUUUACUCGAAGCUUGACAAGUUAAUGCAACCAAAGCGGCUAUCAAAUAAAUCCCCAAGAAGAUCAAAAACAAAGUUGUGUAUCAGUCCCUUUUCUUUUCCUUUUCCUUUUCUUUUUACAGUUGUGUGUGUGACUGUGUGUUCUUUUUCUUUUGUGCUUUGAAAACCAUUUCAGAUUAACCUGAGAAAGUCCAAGAAAACCAAUUAAAAUGCCCUUGGAAGGGAUUUUCAACGAACCCUCUUCAAACCCCCCACCUGAUCUCUCUCUCCACAUUAGUCCUCCCAACACAUCAUCUUCAACCAAUGAAACCCGUAAUAAGACCAUUUCUAUAUCUAUAUCCCAAGCUCACACCGACCUCUCUUUAGCACAUCCGGCGAAUGCCAUCCAUGAAGACACUGGCCGGUGUAGAAGAAAUUUCAGCGACCGAGGAGGAGCCGAAGAACCACCGCCGACACGAAACCCUUAUCAUCAUCAUCAUCAUCAAAUCCACCAUCCCAAUAACCAUUUAAACAACAUAAACCAUGGGGUGUCGCUGCUGGACGUAUCGGACGGCUUGAGGCCGAUAAAGGGUAUUCCGGUGUAUCACAACCGUUCAUUUCCCUUCUUGCCCAAUUUGGACCAUACCAGAGAAAGAGACUCCAAGAUGUCCCUCUACCAUCAAAUGUUUUCCCCUCAAGUUUGGUCUGCUUCUUCUCAUCCCUCUAUGUGUUCUUCUUCUCCUUCUGUUUCUCACUCUCCUUCUUCAACAACUUUCUUCGGAGCCAGUUUGGAUCAAAUGCCCAUCUUGAACUCCGGUGGGCCUAAUCCGUCUUUGUCGAGUUACCGGACUCCGGUAUCCACAAGGUUUAACGGGCUCUCAUCGUCCACCUAUCAAAUGCACCACCAUCACCACAACCAGUAUGGGGUUGGGCCUUCUGAGGCAUCUCAUGGGAUGAUGAGAUCAAGAUUCAUGCCCAAACUCACCACCAAACGGAGCAUGAGGGCGCCCAGAAUGCGAUGGACAAGCACCCUUCAUGCUCGAUUUGUUCAUGCUGUUGAGCUUCUUGGUGGUCAUGAAAGGGCUACUCCAAAGUCAGUUCUUGAGCUCAUGGAUGUGAAAGAUCUCACACUAGCUCAUGUCAAGAGCCAUUUACAGAUGUAUCGAACUGUUAAAACCACUGACAAACCUGCAGCUUCCUCAGGCCAUUCAGAUGGGUCAGGAGAGGAAGAAAUCUCCCCAGUAGCCGGUGCAACGGAUCGAGCCGGCUUCCAUCGAUUUAUUGAUCAAAGUGGGCCGUCUGAUGGAUCUUCACAGCAAGAAACAGACUACCUGUGGAGUAACUCUUCAAGUAAUAGAGAGGCUUGGCUGCAGACUAACUCAACUGACAUGGAUGGGCUCAGGCCAUCAGCCCUCCCAUUGCAACAAAGAUCCAGACACCAAGUAGAGGAAUGCGAUUUGAAUCGGUUGAAGAGCUAUUUAGGUUCUGAUUUGGAACGAAAGAAUCCAAGUUUGGAGUUCACGCUGGGCAGACCGGACUGGCAUGACAAAGAGCAUGACUGAUUAUAUAUAUAUAUAUAUAUAUAGCUAUAUAUGUAUAAACUCGAUCUGGUUCUCUUCAUUUUUGAUUUUGCUGUUGGUUCAUUACAUUCCUUCAUGCAAGAAGAGAUUGAAAGGCAUAACUACUAUAUAUAUGAAGAAGCUAGCAUUGGAGAGGAGGAGGAAGAAGAAGAAGAAAAAAAACAAGAAAAGCUAUUCUUCUUCUAAAUCAUUGCAGGUGCUGCUGCUGUGGAAAGUUAUAAAAGAUGUUUCACGGUUGUACGUUGCCAUCUCAAAAGCCACCCAAUAUUUUGCUUUGAUUGUAGGGUCGGUCCAUGACGACACAAAAAAAAAAAAAAAAAAAAAUUGUCGUAGUUUUUUCCCAUAAAGUUUGAGGAUCUAAUACUACCUGUUCAUUAUGUAUGAUGAUUAAUGUGCAUCCCAAAAAAAAAAAAAAGGAUUUGUAGCCCCAGGAGCAUAGCAGCGUUGGCAGGGAUCCAGAAAGUAAAUUUUUGAAGUCUCGUUUUCGAACCGCACCCCUGACUUGAAUGGUGAGUGUGUUAUGGAACCGAUACACGUACUCAGAGAAAAAUAAAAAAAUUGGAUUUACAUUUCCACGGGCAUAGUGUUUCAUAUUCACCAAUAAACCAUUAAUAUUUUCUUCUCCA